UGUUGGUGCUCAUCGUCCUCCUUUUAUUUUGAAAUCCCUGACCGGAACCUGUAUUGUUUCCUGUUUUCAGUUUAACAGCUGAUGGUGAAUAUAAAACAGAAACCUUUUUAUAUUCACCUGUACAAACAUGUCACAAACUAAAGUGCAGAACCAAAUAAUCUGGUGCAUUCAGGUCCUGUGGGGAUUCAGAGCUGCACCAAGUGACUCAUUUGAAUCAGCUGUUUAAAUGUAUUUAUCAUCAAAAUACAUCUUUUACUCAAAAUGACUUUCUGAAUUGAAUCUGUUUUCUCUCAAACAUAACUUAAAGACUUUCAUCUGCUAAUAGUUUAAUUGUUGGAGUUUCAUUACCUUUACAGCAGUGAUUAAAUUCUGUGUCUCAUAUUUACUGUUUUAGAAUUAUUGUAAACAAUCAUGAGUUUGAUGAAACUUCAUUACGGGACAGUUUAGAAAACUGUGGAGCCGUCUCCAAACCCUCUGAUUCUUAGAAGAGUUUACCUCCUAAAAGAUGAAGUGAUCAGUGUUUUUAAAUGAGAAAUGAGCUCUGUUGGAAACAAGUGUUAAACACACAGUAUCUCUGUCAAACUGCUCCUCUUCCUGGAAUGACUCAGAGCUUGAUGAGCCCUCCCUCCUCUUCCUGCUCUCACACACACAGCCAGCUCCACUCUGUCCACAAAUUUCCUUGUUCCCUCCCCUUCAGAUCUACAAAUACAAGAUGGGUGUAACCAACACUGGUGAUGUGAGAGAGCUGACAGACUCCAUUCACUGCAUGUUGGUUAGAUCAGAGCUCAAACUAGUUGUUGACACUGAGAGGUGAAAUGGCGCAGAAAGGAGUUGAGCUGGACCGAGAAACCUUCUCUUGUUCCAUCUGUCUGGAUCUACUGAAGGAUCCGGGGACUCUUCCCUGUGGACACAGCUACUGCAUCAACUGUAUUCAAAGCUUCUGGGAUGGAGAGGAUGAGAAGAGAAUCUACAGCUGCCCUCAGUGUAGGCAGAGCUUCACACCGAGGCCUGUCCUGAUGAAAAACACCAUGUUAGCAGAUUUAGUGGAGGAACUGAAGAAGACUGGACUCCAAGCUGCUCCUGCUGAUCACUGCUAUGCUGGAGCUGAAGAUGUGGCCUGUGAUGUCUGCACUGGGAGGAAACUGAAAGCCUUCAAGUCCUGUCUGCAGUGUGUGGCCUCUUACUGUGAGAAACACCUCCAGCCUCAUCGUGACUCGGCUCCAUUACAGAAACACAAGCUGGUGGAGCCCUCCAAGAAGCUGCAGGAGAACAUCUGCUCUCGUCAUGAUGAGGUGAUGAAGAUGUUCUGCCGCACUGAUCAGCAGUGUAUCUGUUAUCUCUGCUCUGUGGAUGAACAUAAAGGCCACGACACAGUGUCAGCUGCAGCAGAAAGGACUGAGAGGCAGAGAGAGCUGGAGGGGAGUCGACAAAACAUCCAGCAGAGAAUCCAGGACACAGAGAAAGAUGUGAAGCUGCUCCAACAGGAGGUGGAGGCUAUCAGUCGCUCUGCUGAUAAAGCAGUGGAGCACAGUGAGAAGAUCUUCACUGAGCUGAUCCGUCUCAUGGAGAAAAGACGCUCUGAUGUGAAGCAGCAGCUCAGAUGGCAGCAGGAAACUGAAGUGAGUCGAGUCAAAGAGCUUCAGGAGAAGCUGGAGCAGGAGAUCACUGAGCUGAAGAGGAAAGACGCUGAGCUGGAGCAGCUCUCACACACAGAGGAUCACACCCUGUUUCUACAAAGCUACCCCUCACUGUCAGCACUCAGUGAACCCACACACUCAUCCAGCAUCAACAUCAUUCCUCGCCGCUACUUUGAGGACAUGACAGCGGCUGUGUCAGGAGUCAGAGAUAAACUACAGGACGCUCUGAGGGAGACAAACGUCUCACUGACAGGGACUGAAGUGAAUGUUUCACUGCCACAACCAGAGCCCAAGACCAGAGCUGAGUUUGUCAGAUAUUCACAUCAAAUCACUCUAGAUCCAAACACAGCACACACACUGCUGUUACUAUCUGAGGGGAACAGGAAAGUGGCAGUAAUGAGACAACAACAGUCUUAUUCUGAUCACCCAGACAGAUUCAGUGACUGGUGUCAGGUCCUGAGUAGAGAGAGUCUGACUGGACGUUGUUACUGGGAGGUGGAGUGGAGCGGGGAGGGAGUUUCUGUAGCAGUCGCAUACAAGAAUAUCAGCAGAGCAGGGGGCUGGAUUGAAUGUGGAUUUGGACGAAAUGACAAAUCUUGGGCGUUAUACUGUUACAAUGAGGGUUAUGACUUUUUGUACAACAAAGUCCAAACUCCUGUCUCAGGUCCUCGGUCCUCCAGAGUAGGAGUGUACCUGGAUCACAGUGCAGGUAUUCUGUCCUUCUACAGCGUCUCUGAAACCAUGACUCUCCUCCACAGAGUCCAGACCACAUUCACUCAGCCUCUCUAUGCUGGACUUGGUUAUCCUGGAUUAUUCCUUAUUUAUUCUGGAUCCACUGCAGAGUUGUGUGAACUGAAAUAGUCAGAAGUCAUUUAAGGGUUAAACUCUGUCUUUAGUCUCCAUGUUUGUUGCUGACAGCUGAUUGUUGUGGCGUUUCUUCACUGCACUGAGAUCAGCUGUCAGUCAAACAUUGUGGGCGGGACUUUGACAUCUUCUCCUGAGUUGUUGUGUAAAUGUUUGACUAAAUAUCAUUGCUACGUUUUUGUAUGUUUUUUUGAUUAAUUUUAUUACCCUGUGUCGUUUUCAUGUCAUAUUUUGUAUGUUUUCUGUCUUUGUCUCAAUAUCACAUGUUGUAAGUGCUGAUUUCUCAUUUGUCAAAUAAUAUAAUAAAUAAGGUAAAGGCAGACAUAUUAAUAACUGCAGCAACAAAUGAUGAUUUAAGAAGUAUUUUUAUUUUAUCUUCAGUUUUAAAGGAAAAUUUGAUAUUCAUGUGACGACUUUAACAAUAAUUAAAUAAAUUUUUGAGCUUGA